AUGGGAAAAUCCAAUGAUUCCACCCGCAAAGCUGCCAGCUCAACUCAUCAAAAUCAAGGUGCUGACACUGAAUUCAGCAACGAGGCAUUGCCCCCAAUGACGUCUUGCUCGGAUCCUACAUUACUGCCGCCUCCAGAAAGAAAUGAUGCCACGACUUCACAUCGAGAGGGCGGUCAGCCUCGAGAGGAUACCGCCAUGAUCGGCCGUAAUGAAGGAGUAUUCUCUUACCCAGCAAUGAAUACGUCUGUUCUGGCCUCAUCGUCCAGCAGCGUGGAGACCCUCAAGGCCUUAAACUCUGCAAAAACGCCCCUGCGAACUGCCACUUCAUCAAAUGCCCUAUCCACAGCGGCACUCGUAACACCCUCAACGCCGACUAGUUCGGCGCUCCCCGCUUACUCGUCCACUAUUGCCCACCCGGCGUCAACGUCAAACCAAACUUCUAGCCCUAAUCCCAGACCGAAAUUCAUUCACAUACCAGGGGAAACCAAGGAGGAAAAGACCGAAUUGAUUCGCAGAGGAGGCGCAGCAUUUUCCAGAUCUAUCCGUAGUGGCCAACAGCGGACCCAUCGUUCAGGUGUCCCGCCGUUCCCGCUCCGCACUAUUGCUCACGACACUCUGGUGGAUAGGGCCUGGCUCUACUCCGUCCAGCGAUUGGAGGCGACUCGCGCGUAUUCUGACGUGGUGAUCGAAGCAAUGGUCGUACCUUCUCCUCGUCCGAAGAUACCCGUCAUGCCACCGCAGCCACGGAUGCCACGAAAAUCGACCCAGUUGGAAAAGAAACCCACUCCUCGCGUAGUUCCAGUUUCGGAUGUCAAGUACAACACGUUUGGUGCUGGGGAGGACGGGACACAGGGUCACCAAUUCGUUGACGGCUCUGCUACGCCUGCGGUUGGUCGUAAUGCUGAGCCAUUGAUUCUCCCAGACAAAGGGAAAGGCGUCUCUCGCGGCGAGGACGCAGGCGAAAGCAGGGUCGAUAGUGGACCCCCUUCCCAUUCUCUCACAUUUAACCUCACAACUCCUACUGGGGAGGGCAGAGAGAAGGGGAAGAAACGUGCACGCGAUCCAGAAGACGAUGACUCCUUGGCUGGCGCGCAGCAUGGACAGGCACGUCCGCGUUUGAAAAAUUAA